AUGGAACAAAUAAUAAAGGAUCCCAUAAGUGUAUUAACUGGAAAUGUGAGUGAAGAAGCAAUAUUGCAAGAUGUCAAAAAAAUCAUCGAUCCGAUAACUAAAGAUAACUCACUCUUAGAUGAGAUACAUAUAGAAGGAUUAAAACCCUCUCAGGUGUGGGGACAAGUGAAAUUGGUUGUUGAUGGUGUGAAUGAUAACAUGCUCGAGGGAAAGUUAGAGGAGUUAAGUGAAAAAUAUGGAUUAAAUGAAGAGGACGAAGAAAGCGAUAUAAACAAUGCUCAAGAAAGCAGUGAUAAAGAUGAACAAGAUACAAAAACCGAUGAAGAAGAGGAUGUGGAAAGUAAAGAUGAAGAUCUUGGAUCAGAUGCUGAGUAUUAUAAUGCGGAAGGAGAUGAGGAAAUUAAUGAAGAGGAGAAAUCUGAGAAUGAGAACGAUAAUAAUAAUGAAGACGAGGAUGAAGUUGACUUCAAACCGGAGAAAGAUGAAUUCGGAUUAAACGAAGGUCUUUUUUCGAUGGAUGAAUAUCGAAAGCAGGUUCAGGCAUUAGAUGAGAAUGGAGAUCUAAACAAGGAGGGAGAUGAAGAGGAUGUGGAUUUGUUUGCAGAUAUUCAGGACGAUAGUGAUGAUGAAAUGUAUUACUAUGACGAUUUCUUCAAGCCUGUUGUUGAUAGAAGAGACUGGAGACCAAGCUCAAAGAGAAGUGGAAGGCAACAAGAUCAAAAGAGAGUUAGGUUUGCGGACAAAAAUGAUGAAAAGCAUGAUGGUGAGCUUGAUGAUAAAGAUUAUGAGGAUGCAGUUGCGGAGAUGAAUGCAGACUUCACCGAAAAAAAAGGUGUAGAUGAUGAGGAGGAUGAUGGUCAAGAAGAUGGGAAUGGAGCAGAAGGAAAAGAUAAGGAGUUAUCCACAUUUGAAAGGCAGCAGCAAAAGCUAAAGGAAGAAAUAUCAGCUUUGGAAGAUGAGGCGGUUGCAGAUAAAAAAUGGACGAUGCAAGGAGAAGUGAGUGCUCACCAGAGAGAGAAAGAUGCAUUAUUGGAUGAGGAUCUCGAGUUUGAACGUACAGCUAGGCCUGUUCCGGUGGUAACACAAGAAACUACAGAUGAGUUAGACGAUAUUAUUCGAGAAAGAAUUAAGAACGAGCAGUUUGAUGAGGUUCCAAAGAAGAUGGUUGGUCAAAUGGCCGAGUACAAGCCAUCAGGACAAGUAGAGGUUUCUCAGGAGAAAUCAUCGAAGUCCUUAGCUGAAGAAUAUGAGGAUGAGUAUAUGAGCAAGCAAUCAGAUGCAGCAAUCGAGGAAUUAAAGAAGGCACAUGCCGAAAUAACUGUUUUGUUCGAUAGCGUGACACACGAUUUAGAUACUUUGUGCUCGGCACACUUCCGUCCAAAGCCUGCUGAAAAACUAUUGGAUAUCAAGGUGGAAACUUCAGCUGUGUCAAUGGAGGACGCACAACCUUUGACUAUGUCUUCAGCAAGCACCCUUGCACCACAGGAAGUCUACAAGCUUAAGAAUAAAGCAGGAAAGAACGAAGUUCAACUUCGGUCUGGAGUUAUCAUGUCUAAGGAUGAAUUGAGCAGAGCGGACAAAAGCAGACUAAGAAGAGCUAAGAAGAGAAAGAUACGGAAUAGAAUGAAAGAGAACGCGGAAAAGAAGCGUAGAGUGCUCGUGAAAAAAGCAUAG